UAACAACGGUGUGAACAUUUGUUGUCUGGUGCGCUGCUGUCGAGCUCUUGUACGGUCGGCUGAUCGGUUGCCUACGAAAAUGUGACUUGAAAAACUUUAUCUCAGACACUCUGCAGACACUUUAAAAACACUUUACAUCGAGAUAACUGAUUGAUGAGGAGGGGGGUGUUGCUCUUUGGGACUUUAGUUACGUGAAGUUGUGCCUGCUGACAACUGUUAGGCAACCAACGAGUUCCAUAUAUUGACAGUUCAGGUAUUCCUGCAUUCCUUAACCUGUUGGGGAGUUUAUAAUAGUAAAUUAUGUGUGUCCCGAUUUUUCCUAUAAAUGUGAAUGACACGCUUACCACGCAUAUGUAAUACGUUAACUUGGUGUUAUUUGUGUUGUGUGUGGCUUUUGAACCUCAUCCUGCAACACUGAUACGAUCCUUUCAUUGGACACGUUUUCUGCGCCACCUAGAAUUUUCGGGUCUUUGUUGUGACCGGCCGCCAUGCUCAAACAACGAUCGGACAGGAUAUGAUAUGUGGGAUAAUCACCUUUCCGUGGUUCGUGUUCUAGUUAACAUUUAAAAUGAAUUCGAGAACGGAUGUCAAUCGGAGAGUUCUUGCUAUCAAAGCCAAAAAGAAGCGCCACAAACCUGGAAAGCGAAAAGGUAAAAAUGAGGAAUAUGGAUCAGCAAUGAAUCGGGACUCCAGGGCGUUCUCAAAUAAGGUGGAUCCGUAUCACUCGUCCUCGAAUGAAACCAUUGAGGAUGAUGAGGACGAUUACUUCAGUUCUGACGAAGAAGAACAAGAAGACUCGAGUGACUAUUGCAAAGGCGGGUAUCACCCCGUCAAAAUUGGGGACGUAUUUCAAGGCAGGUAUCGUGUCACCAGAAAGUUAGGUUGGGGUCACUUUUCCACUGUUUGGCUUUGCUGGGAUCUUGUAGAUAGACAAUUUGUUGCUAUGAAGGUUGUAAAAAGCGCGUCUCAUUUUACGGAAACAGCUUUGGAUGAAAUUAAGUUACUUAAAGUGGUUCGUGACUGUGACGUGAACGAUCCUAAAAGAAUUAAGACAGUGCUGCUAUUGAAUGAUUUUAAAAUUUCUGGUGUAAACGGCACACAUGUGUGUAUGGUGUUUGAAGUGCUGGGUCAUAAUCUUUUGAAGUUGAUUAUUAGAAGUAACUAUCGUGGAAUUCCACGUGAAAAUGUGAAAUGCAUUAUUCGACAAGUCUUGGAAGGAUUGGAUUAUUUACAUACAAAAUGCAAGAUAAUUCACACUGACAUUAAACCAGAAAAUGUUUUGGUUUGUGUUGACGAGAAUUACAUUCGAAAAUUAGCAUCAGAAGCUACUGAAUUGCACACAAUGGGAAUCAAAUUACCAGUCUCUUUAGUAAGCACUGCGCCAAAAGAAUUUCAGGAACCAAACCCUAAUGCCAAAAUGUCUAAAAGCAAGAAGAAAAAACUGAAGAAAAAAGCCAAACGUCAAACUGAAUUGCUAAAGAAACAAAUGGAACAAAUUGAAGAAAUGGAAGAACAAAAACGCAAAGACUUGCAAGAUGGUGAACUUGAAACUUCCAUGAACGAAGCUGACUCUGGUACCACUCCUCCAGGAAAAUCAGAUGAAGAAGAAGUUGGUGAUGAUACUGUGGAAUCUGAUGCUAAAGUGAUAAAUGCACCUUAUGAAAAUGGCUGUGAGAAAGAGGAAUUAAUCAGCAAAUCAAUGGGAGAUUCGGAAAUAACCACAGAAAAAAGUAUGCAGCGAACAUGUAAGAAAAAAGCAAGGAGACAAGGAAGUGGUGAGAGGUUAACAUCUGGAGAAUCCAAAGCCGAACCAUGCGAUAAAAGCCAGAAGUCUCCAUCAGGUGUAAUACCUCGACCAACAACUACUUACAAGUCUUCGAAUGGUGCUAGGACAGAAUUGGAUCCAGCCUUUGAGAUCAGUGAUAUUGAAGUAAAAAUAGCUGAUUUAGGAAAUGCUUGUUGGACACAUCGGCACUUUACCGAGGAUAUACAGACAAGGCAGUAUCGUUCACUGGAAGUUUUACUAGGUGCUGGUUAUGGAACUUCAGCAGAUAUUUGGAGCACAGCUUGUAUGGCCUUUGAACUGGCAACUGGUGAUUAUCUGUUUGAGCCUCAUUCAGGAGACGAUUAUUCACGAGAUGAAGAUCAUUUGGCCCACAUAAUUGAAUUAUUGGGUGAGAUUCCUCGCAAGAUAGCAAUGUCUGGUUCACACUCUCGUCAGUUUUUCAACAAGAGAUGUAAUUUAAGACAUAUUACUGGACUUAAACCAUGGGGGCUGUAUGAAGUUUUGACUGAAAAAUACGAAUGGGAUCAUAAAGAAGCACAAGAAUUUACCUCUUUUCUCCGCCCAAUGUUGGAGUUUGAUCCAGAUCGGCGAGCAACUGCUGCUGAGUGUUUGAAACAUCCUUGGCUUAAUAAGUAGCAAGAACUUUCUGAUGAUAUAGACGAUAAAUUUGUAGUUCUAAAAAGCAAAACUGUUGAAUAUAUUAGUAAUUGCUAUAGAUAGCCUCAAGGAAAUCUGGAUAGUUGAGAAACAACCAUGCCAAUUGUUUGUAUUUUGUCCCUGAAGUAAAAUGUAUUCUUGAAUUAAGGCCUCUGUUUGUUUAAAUCAUUAUAUUUAGUGAAUCCAAAUUUAGUGUUUUGUGUUAUAUUUAUUUGAUGAAGCAAGUGCUUAGUUAUACAAAUUAUAGAAAAGUUAUUUAUAUUGAAACUUCUAUUUGUGAUUUGGUGCACUCUCUUAUAUCUACAAUAAUGUAGUACAUAUAUUCUUUUGAAGUGUACAUUACAAUUCAAGCUGUAUGUUAACUGUCCCAUAUUGGAAGGUUUUUAGACAUUGGGUAACUUCAGUCAUUAUUUAAUCUAAAGUGCUGGUAUUGUUACUAUUUAAAAUCUUGGUAUGAGGAAUCAACGUGUUGGUGUACUAGGAGCUGGAAUUGUGGGACUGACUACAGCUCUUGAACUACAAAGGGAAUUCCCAUCAUUGCAAAUAACACUUAUAGCUGACAAGUUCAACAAUGAAACUACUAGCAGUGUGGCGGCAGGCAUUUUCCGACCUGCUUCCAGUUUUGAAGGGAUUUCAAGAGACAUUACAAGCCAAUGGAUACAAGAUUCAUACUAUUUCUAUGACGGAUUAUGUCAAUCAGUUGACAGCAGUGCAGCUGGGGUGACUCAAGUAUCUGGAUAUCAAUUUUCAAGUACAUCUCCUGAAAUUGUCAGAAACCCUUACUUGGAACACCUCUUGCCUGUCUAUCGCUCUGCUACUGAAGAAGAAUUGAGACUUUGUCCUGGUAAUUGGUUGUAUGGAUCAUUUUAUACAACACUACUGACUGAAUGUUACAAAUUUCUGCCUUGGGCAUUAGACAGGUUCAAACUAUCAGGUGGUAAAGUACUCAAGAAAAUUAUAUCCAGCUUCAGUGAUGUGGCAGAUUAUGAUGUUCUCAUCAAUUGCUUCGGGAUGGGAGCUAGAAACUUGUGUUCUGACUACAAACUUGUACCUAUCAGGGGCCAGAUUAUCAAGGUUCAAGCUCCAUGGAUAAAAACCUUCUUCUACGCAGAUUAUGAUACAUAUGUCAUUCCUGGUUCUAAGGCUGUUACUUUGGGAGGGUGUCGCCAAUAUGAAAGUUAUGAUCUAUCUAUUAACCCUCAUGAUAAAGCAGCUAUUCACGAACGCUGUGUGAAAUUAUUACCCAGUUUGAAGAAUGCACGUGUUGUUGCUGAUGCUGUAGGUCUUCGACCACACAGAAGUACUGUCAGAGUUGAAACUGAAAUAAAAGAUACAGGCUCUGAGAAAAUAAAGAUCAUUCACAAUUACGGUCAUGGAGGGUAUGGCGUGACUGCAGCACCUGGUACAGCUAAAUAUGCUGUUAAAUUGUUUCGUGAACUUCAUUCUGCUGGUUUGAGGAACAAACUUUAGUUUUGUGUAAACGGUUUUCUUAGGGAUUGCAUUGGCAGUAACAUUUCAUAAUAUUGAGAUCAUGGUAUAAUUGGAUUAAUAGGUAAAUACAUUUGAUUGUUGUAUAUGGCACGGCUUGCAAAAUAAAUUGUUUAAAAAAAACAACAGUUUAAUUAAUUUUCGCAUGUUUAUCGGUUUUUACUCUCCUUAUUGGUGCAGGUUUAUAUUUAAUUGUACUCGUGCCAUGACUACAUGAAUUACAUCCCUCCUUGUUCAUUAUGAUGAUAAAACCGCCAGUUUGCUCUGGUUUAAUCCAGUUAAUAGCUAUUUUGUAUAAAAGUCAUGUUUUCAUGAACAUUGUAACCUCCAUUAUCCAAGGUCUCUUUCUUAAUGAAAAUUAUGAACUCUAAUCUGUCUUCUAGGGAUGGUUUAACCAAUUUAAUAAAUUUAUUUUGAAUCUGAUCAC